CUGUCAAACGUCAACAGUGUUGGCAUUUGUACAAACACAGCAAACAUUGGAGCGAGCCGAAAGCCGUGAAAAAUUAUUUUUACCACUCCAGGGUUUUCGUUGCGGCCAGGGAAUUCAGGCGCAAGCACACAACGAAGGUUUGCCUUUCCAGCGACAGCAGGCAAAGCACAGCGCGAACACGAAACAGGUGCCCGCCCGCCCCAGCGCAGCACAGACACGCCCGAGGAAAGCUUAACAGAAACAGCCGAAAAGAUGAGCGACGGGAAAUCUCACCAGCAGCAGCAAAGUCUGAGUUUAGCCAUAAUUGUAUUGUUUGCGCUCUGCCACCAAAUCCCCGUUGCGCAGUGCGUGGAGCUAACGUUCGAGCUGCCCGACAACGCGAAAGAGUGUUUCCACGAGGAGAUACAGAAGAACCAGACGGCAGCGUUGGAGUUUCAGGUCGUCAGCGGCGGACGGUACGACGUGGACGUGACGCUAGAGAGUCCCACCGGGGAGGUGAUCUACAGGCAAAUCAAAACCCAGUUCGAUUCGUACCAGUUCGUUGCUGCGGCCACCGGUAUCUAUGUCGCCUGUUUCAGCAACGAGUUUUCUACCUUCUCGCACAAAAUCGUCUACAUGGACUUCCAGGUGGGCGAGGAGGCACCGCUGCCCGGGAUCGAGGAGCACGCGACCGUUCUGACGCAGCUGGAAACGUCCGCGCAGGAGAUACACAAGGGGCUGAACGCGAUCCUUGACUACCAAACGCACCACCGGCUGCGGGAGGCACAAGGUCGCAAGCGUGCGGAAGAUCUGAACGAGCGUGUGCUGUGGUGGUCGCUGACCGAGACGGCCGCCAUCCUGCUGAUCGCGAUCGGGCAGGUGCUGGUGCUGCGGAACUUCUUCUCGGAAAAGAAACCAAGCCAAAUGAGCUACACGCUAAUGAAAUAAUAAAGCCCGCGCAUCAACACACGUACCCAUAGA